GGUGGCCAGAAUAUUCAACACCUUUGGUCCCAGGAUGCACAUGAGUGACGGCAGGGUCGUCAGUAACUUCAUCUUACAGUCGCUGCAGGACCAGCCAAUCACAGUUUUUGGGGCAGGGAAGCAGACAAGAUCAUUCCAAUAUGUCAGUGACCUGGUGAAUGGGUUGGUGAUGCUGAUGAACAGUAACAUUUCCACACCUGUCAAUCUGGGUAACCCAGAAGAACACUCCAUAUUGGAGUUUGCAACAAUAAUCAAGAACUUGGUUGGUUGCAAAAGUGAUAUUGUACAUGUAAAGGAGCAGGAAGACGACCCCCAGCGGAGAAAACCUGACAUCACAAAAGCUAUGGGCAUGGGGUGGCAACCAAAGGUUCCAAUGAUAGAGGGUCUAAACAGGACCAUCGAGUACUUCCGUCAGGAACUCUUCCAGUCUUCACACAACCAGAAAAUGAUCCUCAGACCCGACGACAAGCUUGUAUGAUCAGUCAACAACAACAAUGCAAUAAUACUGUACGGGAGUAGUUUUAACCUACAUGUACAUUAAAGAAUAGGAACCAAGACCAUGAUGUGUUCAGCACUUGUAUAUUAACUGUAUUUAAUUAUCAUAAUUGUUAUUAUUAACUAAUAAUGCCAUUGUUCCAAACUGUAUGUCCUGACAUACAUGUAAUGUAGGUUCCAUUUUUGCAUUGAACAGGUCAAAUUUGCCCUCUAGAUAAGAGGUUAUCUGUAAUUAUAUGUUGUGUAACUGUUUUUAUUAUAACAGCCGUUGCUGUUUUAGGUACAGGUGCACACUUGACUGUACAUUAUGAGUAAAGAAAGUAAAAUGGCUGACAAAUUAUGAUGAUCGUAAUAAAUGUUGGUCAGAUUGAGGUCCUUAGCCGCGACGUCGACAAUGAUUCCGUAAGGUUGAAACUGAAAAAUUUAUUACUGCUUCCCAAGAUUAGUCCUAGACAUGGUUUUCAGUUAGGUCAAUGAUUUACAUGUAGACUAAUUGCAGUAUUAAAACUACAUGCACAUGUAUAAGUACAUUUUGUACAUGCACGGUAGAGAAUAUUAUACGAUUUUAUCCACCGUCUGGCUAAGGCUAUGUUUAUGUUUGAAAAUGUUAAACACAGCAAUUUUUUUUAUUUUCUCAGAUUUUGUUGCUGAUUCUUAUUGUGGGCUUUUCCCUGCACAAGCAGUGAUCAUAUUUAUUUCAUAUUUAUAUCAU